AUGGGCCUAGCGGAUAGCGAUGGGAUACCUGACCGUGUGGCUUACGGUGAAUUUUUGAAACUUUACUACUUUGACUGCCUUAUGUUUGGAUUCUUGAGCCUACCGCACAUGUCCGGCUUCUUUUUCUACAACUUCACACCCGCCUUUGACUUUGGCCCGCACACCUUCGCAUUUAAGCUAACCUUCUACCUCCUAGAACUCUAUCCCGUUAUCUACCCAGUUUUCUCAAUGCAUCUCUUACGAAUAUUCCGCAACCCGCUGAGUUACACGAAGGAGGAAGUGAAAGCAAAGAUUUCCACGAAGACGGAGCUGUCGGAGACUAAAUCUGAGACUCAACCGGCGAUUGAACUGGCGACUCAACCGGUGACUCAGCCGGAAGACGAAACUGCGGCGGCUGGUGAAGCUGAUAAGGAGGAGAAAAAGAAAAAGAAAAAGAAAAAGAAGAAGGAAGACGGAGCCUAA